AACGCAGGAGGCGGUGCUUAAAGUGGAGGUCGCGCACCGGAGGCGGGGAAGCAGCAUGGCAGCGGUUCUAAUGCUCCGAGUCUCCGUCAGCAUGCUGUACAGGCAGAGGCGAGUCUUUGCAGACAGCGUGGCCAUGGUGUCUUCUAGGGGAAUGGCUUCUAAAACCUCUGUUGGAUUCAUUGGCUUGGGUAACAUGGGAACUCCAAUGGCGAAAAAUCUUAUAAAGCACGGCUACCCAGUUAUCACAUAUGAUGUCUUUCCAGAAGCAUGCAAAGAAAUUCAGGAGAUGGGUUCACAGGUGACAGAUUCCCCAGCAGAUGUAGCAGAGAGAGCUGACAGGAUUAUCACAAUGCUUCCAUCUAAUCCUAAUGUAAUAGAAGUUUACACAGGCAACAAUGGAAUUCUCAAAAAAGUGAAGAAAGGAUCUUUGCUAAUAGACUCUAGUACUAUUGAUCCUGCAGUAUCAAAAGACCUAGCAAAAGAAGCUGAAAAAAUGGGAGCUGUUUUUAUGGAUGCUCCUGUUUCUGGUGGUGUUGGAGCUGCUCGUGCAGGAAACCUUACAUUCAUGGUUGGAGGAGUAGAACAAGAAUUUGAUGCUGCAAAGGAGCUACUCACAUGCAUGGGCUCCAAUGUUGUCUACUGUGGAGAGGUUGGAACCGGACAGGCUGCAAAAAUCUGCAACAACAUGCUGUUAGCAAUCAGUAUGAUUGGAACUGCUGAAACCAUGAAUCUCGGGAUCAGGUUAGGGCUUGACCCGAAGCUGUUGGCCAAAAUCUUAAAUAUGAGCUCAGGCCGUUGUUGGUCAAGCGAUACCUACAACCCUGUUCCCGGAGUCAUGGAAGGGGUACCUUCUGCUAACAAUUAUCAAGGUGGAUUUGGAACAACUCUUAUGGCCAAGGAUCUUGGCUUGGCCCAGAUUUCCGCUACCAACACGAAGUCCCCAGUCCCUCUUGGCUCUUUGGCACACCAGGUUUACAGGAUCAUGUGUGCCAAGGGCUAUGCCCUGAAAGACUUCUCAUCUGUGUUCCAGUUUUUACGUGAAGAAGAAAACUUGUGAAACUUUUCUUUCGAUAAUGGACAAUAUUAGAAACCAAACCAUUUAGGCAACCUCUUUACAGAUUACUCAAUAAAUAUAUAGAUCUAAAUGAAUGAUCAUGAAUCAUGAUCUCCGCCACCUCUGUCUCCUGGGUCACAGGAUUGCCUCCUGGGUUUAUUGUCUCCUUUUUAAAAAGAUUGUUGGGAAGGCUUUAACAUGCAUAAUAAUAUGUAACUGUCUUAAAGAGAGAAGCAUAGUAGGGUUAAAGCAGAAUCCAUUCUACAUGUAUUGCACACAUGACUGAUUGCAUAGUUACAUACUGUGGAAACAUAACUGUGAUUGAAGGGUCUGAUGCUGAGUUUCCUACCUAACUAACAAAUUAUUAUUUUUCUUUUUUUAAAAAAAUGAACAGAAACAAAAAUUAUUGCAAUUAAUAAUUUUAUUUUUUUAACUUUAGCUUUAACCUAAAUAUAAAUGGUGGAAUUGCAUUAAAAUGGGGUGAAAGGUUCUAUUAAGAAUUGUUUGCAGGUUAUUGGAAAGUUGCUGCUUUUAUGAUUUUAAGUAAUGGAUAUAAUUACAUUCUGGGUGUAUGAGUAUGCAUACACAUUUUGAACACUUUUUGCUGAUGUAUUUUUAAAUACUUUUUUAACCUUUUCCAUACAUUUUAAAAAGGUUAAACUCACUGAUACACACUUACUUUACACAUAUUCUGCAUUAUUAUAAACCUAGUAAAUAAAUCCAAUUUUACUUUGAAAUAAACUUAAAUCCAAAAUGAUGAAUGGUCAUUAGAA